AUGCGCCCUGCCCUCCGGCAGACUAGGAGGCUUUUGAACGACCAACAUGCGCUUCACCCCUCGAUACCGACCUUCCUCUGUCCUGCUCUCCUCAGAGCUCCGAUAGCCCACGCAAACCAACGCGCGCAGAAUGUACGACCGGCGAAGAUGUUCUCGACCUUCAGAGCAACAUCACAGGAGACUACAGUAACUGUCCUCUCAGAGUCUGCACCCCCAACCGCUCCUUCUGAAAAGUCCCUACCUGCCACUCGUAUUCGCCGACCGCUCCCUCGCGCUUGCCCAGGCUGUGGCGCGCCGACUCAAAUCUACGACAAGAAGGAGGCCGGCUUUUAUAGCCUCAACAGAAACGCCGUCGCAAAAUAUCUUGAAUUUGAUCCCGAAGCAAAGGAAUCAGAGGGGAAAAAGGAAGAUGUUUACACCAAGGCCCUUAAACAGAUGGAUCCAACUGUCCUAGAGGAAAUAGGCUUAGAACGCGACGUGUUAGAAGAAAAGAACGAGAUCGACGCAAGCCCCCCCGAAACACCCGUAUGCGACCGCUGCCACAACCUAGUCCACCAUCGUGUGGGAACCCCCAUUUACCACCCCUCAGUCGAGGCCAUACAGCAGACCAUCGCCGAAUCGCCGCACCGCCGAAAUCAUAUAUAUCAUGUUGUUGACGCCGCGGAUUUCCCGCUCUCACUCAUACCUACGCUUCAGUCAACGCUGCGGAUACCUAAAUUACGAACGAAGAACCGCAGAGCAAAGCAUAAAGGAUGGGUGGCGAAUGAUCGCAUCGCGGAAGUCAGUUUUAUAAUCACGCGAUCGGACCUUCUAGCGCGGAAGAAGGAAGAUGUCGAUGCGCUCAUGCCGUACGUCCAGAACGUACUGCGAGAUGCACUCGGGCGGACAAACAAAGACGCGCGUCUGGGAAACGUGAGGCUGGUUAGCGCCAAAAGAGGAUGGUGGACGAAGCAAGUCAAAGAGGAGAUAUGGGAAAGAGGAGGCGCAGGCUGGAUGGUCGGCAAAGUCAACGUGGGCAAGUCCAACCUCUUUGAAGCCGUCUUUCCCAAAGGUAGAGGCGCAGACUACCAAGACGUGCGCAGGAUCCGCAGCGCUGCAGAGCGCGAAGCCAUGCUGCAAGCCGCGCAAUCCCUCGACGAGCUCAUCGCAGUGCAGAAACAGCUCGCAGACGAGGACGCCCAGAUAGAGCGCCAGGAACAGAAUCCCAAUUCGAAGGAGCACCAACAUCAAUCUGCUGACACGGCAGAAGAAAAGCAAAUAGAUGAAAACGACGAGGAUCUCGACCCAGAUGCGCUCCUCCCGCCAGCCCAACCUUAUACACUUUACCCUGUUCUACCCAUCGUAUCCUCCCUCCCCGGAACCACCGCCUCACCCAUCCGCAUUCCUUUCGGCCGCAACAAAGGCGAGCUCGUUGACAUGCCGGGUCUCGCGCGCAGCUCCCAAGGUCUAGAAACCUUUGUCCAGCCCAAAGCCCAAGACGACCUUAUCAUGAAAUCCCGCAUCACCGCGCAGCGCUUCAUCCUCAAGCCAGGUCAAUCGCUACUCCUCGGCGGCGGCCUCAUCCGCAUCACGCCGGUUACUCAAGAUAUGAUCUUCCUGAUCCACCCCUUCGUCCCCAUCGAGCCGCACGUUACCCGCACAGACAAGGCCGCCGCGCUGCAAGCUCAAGUCAGCGACCGCCACGUCGAGUCCAUUCUCGCCGAGGACGUCGGGAGCAAGAUGCACUCGGCGGGCCGCUUCAAGCUCAAGUGGGACGUCACUAAAAAACUCGCGGGGCCCCUGACGUCCUCUGUUGCCGCGAAGAUGCGCCCUGAGAAUCUGCCCUUCCGCAUCUUCAGUACGGAUAUCCUCGUCGAAGGAGUGGGCUGGCUCGAAAUCAGCGCACAGGUGAGGCGGGCGCAGGGUUGGAAGCCCGUCGGUAUGGUGAAGAAGGAUCCGAACGCGGCGCGGAACGCGAAGAUUGCGGUGCAGAAGAAGAUGGCUGAGGAGUUGCGGUUGAAGCGGGAGGCAAAGAUGCGCGGAGAGCAGUACGUGAAGACCCGGGAUGAGGAGGAGGAUGUGCAGGAUGUAAGCGAGUUUCCUGAGGUAGAGGUGUUCAGUCCGCUGGGCAAGUUUGUGGGCGCGAGGAUGCCGAUGUGUGCAAGUAUUGUGAGCGGGCCGAAGCAGAUCAGCAGUCGGGAAAGGACUACAAGGCCGAGACGUAGCAUGAAGAGUGUGAAGGCGCAGAGGAAGCCGAUGGAGAAGUAG